AUGGCUACUUUCUUUGCUUCAACACUGGUAGCUAUGCUUUCUCCUUUACUGGCGUUUGACAUGGGUCAGUCCACUCGUUGCGUCACUAUCCCCAACCAGAUGAAAGUUUGCAAAGAUGUUGGAUACUCAGAGAUGCGACUGCCCAAUUUUUUGGGCCACAGUAACCUGGAAGGUGAGGUGGUGCCACAUUCAGAGGACUGGAGGCCCCUGCUGCAGACAGGCUGCCACCCUCAAGCCCAGGCCUUUCUCUGCUCCAUCAUUGCUCCUGUCUGUCUUGACACUUUUAUCCAGCCCUGUCGUAGCCUCUGCGUGGCAGUGAGGGACAGCUGUGCUCCAGUGCUUGCCUGCCAGGGACACCCAUGGCCCGAGGCUCUUGACUGUGACCGCUUCCCUGCUGAGGAAGACACGUGUCUAACUACCCAUGCGAAAUUUAGCCACUUUGCCAAAGGCUUACCUAAACCAGCUUGCCAGAACUGUCCUCCUGUGGAAGAGGGUCCUACAGUGAAAAUGGUCCUGAGUGCUUUUUGCCACCAUGACUUUGCCGUGACUGCCAAACUUCAUCGUCUUCGCCAUCCCACAGGAGAGCCAGAGUUUCAGGUGGAGGGGCGGGUUGAGUUUAUCCGCCAGGGUCCUCUGUUGCCUUAUGACACCCAGCAUCUUCUCCAGCAGUGGCUCCUCAUCAACCUCCGAUGUGCCAGUGCCCUUGUGCGUCCAGGGCGCUCACAGCUUUACGUGCUGAUUGGUUCUGUGCAGCCUGACGGCACAGUCACACUGACUCGUCUCUUUCCUUGGCACAGAAAGGAUGCAGGCAUGGCCCUGGCCACCCGCAAAUGGAAGCACCACAGAUGCUAAAAGUACAAAGAAGAACUGGAGCCCAGAAUCAGUUUGAAAGUGUAGAAUUACACGAGUAUGACUCGAUGUAUAUAUUUUUUUUCCUUUAUCAGCGUUAAGGUGUGUUUCUAAAGGAUGAACUCUGACCACGUUGCCCCUCUUUCCCUGCCUCCUUUCUGCUUUCUUAGCA